AUGCUGAGCAGAUCUGCCCCAGGAAGAAGCCUGAGAAGGCUACGGGGUGUAUCAGCACUACAACAUACACCAAAAUUGCUUAAGAUUCAAUCAAAGUUACAAUCCACACAGCCACACCACUCAACAGAUCUCAUCUACAACUACAAUAAGCGCACUCUCCUCCCAACUCCACGUCCCAAUGACGAUAUCAACGAUCAGCACUCUUCCAUCUACCCCACAUCCGAUAACCAGGAACUCUUCGCUAUCCUCGAAGCCUGUUUGUCUUCUCCCUUCCUUCUCGACAGAGCCCAGGGUGUUUUUCAAAAUCUACGCGAUAAGCAAAUACGCAAUUAUGCUGAUAAUAACUACUCCACUCUCGAUGUGACCAUUUAUAACAAAUUUAUCGAACGCUACUUCCAAGAGGCUGAUAACUCGAGAAACGACAAGUUCAUUGGUGAGGCUUUCAAGCUCUGGAAUGCCCUUUGUGGCGAUAAAGAGGGCGUGAAGUGGGAGCUUGAGACUUGGACUCUCAUGUUGAAGGGUAUGGCCAGGCAUUUGGAGUCUACGUACAGCUCCAAACCACUCCUCGAUGCUGUCAAAGACCUCCCUGGCAAACCUUCUCUCAGAGACGUUAUCGUAAAGUAUGAUCACUUUACAAGUCUCUCUGAAUCAUUCGCUGCUGUCGCUGUUCUGACUAGAGCUGCCGCUACCGCUGGAAAUGUUCCGCUUAUUGAGGAGCUCGCAGAAAUUCACUCAGAGCUGGAGAGGUCACUCAACGGCCACAGUGAAGACAAUAUGGAGCCUGACAACCAAGACACCCCUACGCCAACUCAAGAGGAACAAGACAUAAUGGGUGUCAAGAGCCCGUCGACAUCUGAAACUCCUUACAAUCUUUACUCACUUCGUCAGUCACUCAAGCCACUCGGGCACACCUCUAAAACACUCGCUGCCGAUCCAGCAGCACGUCAACGCCUCCUCGAAGAAUCCGCCUAUGAAACUGCCAAAGCGCGUUUUGAGCAUGAGAUGAAUGAGCUCGAGAAAGCUGGUGUAGCCACCGCGCUCUCUGGCCAGCCACUUCAGAAACUCAUGUGGGAAUGGUGGAAGAAGCUUUCGGUAUUGAUUGGAGAAAAGUUAGACAGGAACAUGCAUCUCGAAACACACAAGACGAAAGAGGACAAGUUUAUCAAUGAGAUUUCUCCGUUCCUCUCGCUCCUAUCUUCGGAGAAGAUGGCGCUGAUCACUGUACUCGAAAUACUUCGUCUGAGCGGCACAGGCGGGAUAGCAGAAGGGAUGAAGACGACGCGCGCACUUCUUUCUGUCGGAAAGGCAGUCGAAAAUGAGCACCACGCGGAAAUACUCAAAUCCAAGCACGGUGUCUCGCUUAAAGGUGUCGAAGCAGACGCUAAGCAAGUCAAGCGCAAGCUGCGCUACUUUGAUCACAAGAAGGCUGAGAAAGAACUCGAUCUCAAAUCGCCCGAGUUUACAGGUCUGAUUGAUGAAGCGAUGGGAACAUCCACUCCCGACGAACAUUUCGCAUAUCCGCACGAUAUAGCCUCAGAGCGUGCGCUCGCCCGUGUACACGAAGAACGCAUGAACAGAGCAUGGACGCCGAAUUGGUCGCAGAUGAUACGCAUAAAAGUGGGCAGUUUCCUCGUCGAUUCGCUAAUGGAAUGCGCCACAAUCACUCGCAUUGCGGACAGAGACGGCGAGGAGAUCAAGGAGACACAACCGGCAUUUUCACAGUCAUACCAGUACGUACGCGGACGCAAGCUGGGUGUUAUCAAAGUGAAUACAGUCGUUGCUGAUCGCCUAGAUAAGGACCCACUCGGUAGUACUAUUCACCCGCGCCAUCUCCCCAUGCUCGUCAAACCAAAACCUUGGCUGAGGUACGAUAAUGGCGGCUAUCUCUUUCACAAGAACUUCGCAAUGAGGUUCAAGGACUCCAACGAGCAGCAGUCUUAUAUCGCUAAAGCUUCGAACGAGGGUACGAUGGAGCCUGUGUUGGCUGGACUGGAUGUCUUGGGGCAGACUCCCUGGAAUGUCAAUCAGAAAGUGUUUGCAGUAGUGAAGCAGGCGUGGAAUAGUGGAGAAGGUGUAGCUAAGAUCCCACCAGCGACAACUCACACACCAGAUCCUAUCAAACCCUCCAACUACGAGAGCGAUCCGAAGCAACGCUCUAACUACCUCAUCAGUAUGAAGGCUGUUGUUAACGAAAGACGCAACAACCACUCUAUACGAUGCGACACCAAUUACAAACUUGAAAUAGCAAAGGCGUUCCUCAAUGAAACGUUCUAUUUCCCCCACACUCUCGAUUUCCGUGGUAGGGCUUACCCAAUUCCUCCGCAUUUGAACCACAUCGGCGACGAUCUUAGUAGAGGGCUGCUAAAAUUUGCCGAAACUCGACCACUUGGCGAGAAAGGAAUGCGGUGGCUCAAAAUCCAUCUUGCGAAUGUAUACGGAUACGACAAGGCGUCAUUCAACGAAAGGGAGAAUUUCGCAGAUGAGCAUCUUGCCGAUAUCUACGACUCAGCUGAUCGACCACUGGACGGCAGAGGUUGGUGGCUCAAAGCAGAUGAUCCAUGGCAAUGUCUAGCGGCGUGCUAUGAGAUACAAGCAGCACUUGAAUCGAGCAACCCACUAGCCUACGAAAGUUCUUUACCAGUGCACCAAGACGGCACUUGUAAUGGGCUGCAGCACUAUGCCGCUCUCGGUGGUGAUCCGAUGGGAGCGAAGCAAGUUAACCUUGAGCAAGCGGACCGUCCCUCCGACGUGUAUACAGCGGUAGCUGAUUUAGUUAUAGCUGAUAUCCGACGCGAUGCACAGACCGAUGACAACGCCUUCGCUAAGCUCCUCGAAGGCAAAAUCACGCGUAAGGUGGUAAAGCAGACGGUAAUGACGACUGUGUAUGGCGUUACGUUUAUUGGGGCGCGAGACCAAAUUGAUAAGCAGCUACAAGAUAGAGGUGACAUUCCACGAGAACUUAUAUACUCCACUGCUAGCUACCUCGCUAAGAAGGUUCUGCGCAGUAUUGGUGAUCUCUUCUCAGGCGCGAAUGCUAUACAGAAAUGGCUCAGCAUGAGCGCGCGAUACGUCAGUAAGAGCAUCCCCCCAGAACGUCUAGUCAAGGCUCUCGAACCGGCUGAGGGACGCAGCGCAAGCGGGAAGAGCACAGCCUCGCGUACGAGUAAGGAGCAAAUGACAUCAGUUAUUUGGACUACUCCCCUCGGUCUGCCUAUCGUGCAACCUUAUCGUAAGGCUAAGAAGAAACAGAUAGCGACGCUCCUCCAGAGUGUUUAUCUUGCCGAUCCUAAUCUGCCAACGGAAGUCAACCCUAUCAAACAGGCAAGCGCAUUCCCUCCUAAUUUCAUUCACUCGCUCGAUGCUACCCACAUGAUCCUCACCGCACUCCAGUGCUGCCAGAUCGGCAUCACAUACGCGAGCGUGCACGACAGUUACUGGACUCACGCUAGCACGGUUGAUCACAUGUCGGAGAUCAUCAGAGAUACUUUCGUCAAACUGCAUUGCGAAGAGAUAUUGAAAAGACUGAGGGAUGAAGUUGUUGAACGCUACAAGGGUUACAGAAUUCCUAUGUCAUCUCUUGGCGCUAAAAUUGAUAAGGAAAAUCCGAAACUAAACUCUGUCCUCCCGACUAAAAAGAAGGGAAGGAAGAGUGCGAAGGAGAGUGAAGAGAUGGAGAGUGAGAAUGAAAUGGAAAAUGAGAGUGAGAGCGAUAACGAAAACGAUCACUCAGCAUCCAUCUCAAAAGAGGACCUGGAAGCCAUUGAACUGAUUAAAUCAAAACAAAACACAGACAUCGAUCAACUCUCACAAGACGAACAACUGUCUGACUUUAUCAAGAGUAAAUACAUUAAAUUGGAAGACGCCCUCCCAGAUUUACCUUCUAAGGGACCUUUCGAUGUACGCGGUGUUGUCAACUCACCAUAUUUCUUCUCUUAA